AUAUCAGCUGAUCAGCAUGAUGGACGGCGUCCCCUUACUUCAACCCUCUUUUCCUUGGUUAACAAUUCAAGAAUUUCGUAAUAUUUUGAAUAGUAUGACGAAAGUCGGGCACAGGAUAGGGAGGCAUGUGCUCUAAAUGAGAUAUAAGAGAAUAAUAAGUUUGAAAAAUAGUCGCAACUUAGGGAACAAGUGAAAUCAAGUUUUAGUAGUGUUUUGUGGGUGUAAAAGGAAUUGUACAAUUUUCAAAGAGUUUCAGAAAUAUUAUCCAAAAUGUUUCGAUCUUUAUCCGCUAAAAAUCUAAGUACUAGUGGCAGUUUUAGGGCGACCUAUUCGGUGAAACAAUACUCAAAAACAACAGACGACAUAUCUUUUUUGGACAAGUUAACCAAUGGGCCACAGUUGGAGGAUUUUCUGUCAGGGAGAGCCUCCAAAUACGAAGGCAAACUGAAGCUUGAAAAGGGGGAUAAUACGAGGUUACGAUUACCACCAUGGCUGAAGACAGAGAUCCCCAUCGGGGAAAAUUACUCGAGGAUAAAAUCACAAUUAAGAGAAUUAAAAUUGGCUACGGUGUGUGAAGAGGCGAGAUGUCCUAACAUUGGGGAGUGCUGGGGAGGUGGGACUCACGGAACUGCCACAGCAACCAUUAUGCUGAUGGGAGACACCUGUACUAGGGGCUGUAGAUUCUGCUCUAUCAAGACAUCUCGGGCCCCACCACCUCUAAAUCCUGAGGAACCUGAACAUACAGCGACUGCUGUGGCUGCCUGGGGGCUGGACUACGUGGUUUUGACAUCAGUCGAUCGAGAUGAUUUACCUGAUGGAGGAGCACAUCAUAUUGCGGAGACCAUAAGAGAGCUGAAGAAAAGGAGCAGCAUUCUAGUUGAAGCUCUUGUGCCAGACUUUGGUGGUAAAGAGGAUUGCAUAAAAACAAUUGUUGAAUCAAAGCUAGAUGUUUUUGCUCACAACAUCGAGACAGUGGAGCGGCUUACACCUUUCGUCAGAGAUAGACGAGCACGCUAUAGACAGUCGUUAAAAGUGCUGGAAGGUGCGAAAAAGUUGAAUGCAGAGUUAAUCACAAAAUCCUCGAUAAUGCUUGGGCUCGGAGAGACUGACGAAGAGGUGGAGACGACGAUGAGGGAAUUGAGAGAGGCUGGGGUCGAUGCUCUGACGCUUGGUCAGUACAUGCAACCCACAAAAAGACAUCUCAAAGUCAUAGAGUAUGUGACACCAGAAAAAUUCAAGGCCUGGGAAGAAUACGGUGGUAAACUUGGAUUUUUGUACACUGCAAGUGGACCCCUCGUACGGUCCUCCUACAAAGCCGGUGAAUUCUUCCUCACCAAUAUUCUCAAGGAGAGGAGGAGUAAAAAGACCGAUGAGAAUCCCCAGAGCUGAAUAGUUACAAUUGCCAGUUAAUAAAGUACAAAAUUAAUUUAAAAACGUUGCAAAGUUGUUCAAAAAUAUGUCUCAUGAAUUAUUGUUGAUUUUUGUUAGACAAGUCGGAAUUAGCUAUACCAGAAUAAAUUUAGCAGGUGAUUUGAUAAAGUA